GAAGUCGGUACCUUUCGAGUUGUCUUUCCAGCCGAUCGGAACUGGCAAACGGCGGGGAUUUUCUUCGAUUGAUUGCUCGCCUUUUGCUUUUUCGUUUGGUUUUGCGUGGUUUGCGCUUUCCCUUCUCGGCAUUCCCCGUGACGGUCAGCUGACCGGCUCCCGUCGCGCAUAUCAGAUUCCCUUUUCUCGUCAACAGUCAACACUGCUCUAUCUAUCUCUUCGCGGAGUAGACCUGUCUAGUUACCGGAUCACCCCCAUCUCCAUUCUCAAUUCCGACCCCUCAUGGCUGCUCCUACUGCUGCCGCGUCCGCUUCCCUGUGGAGCCGCAAGUCCGACUUGGUUUACUUCACUUUCUUCGCCAUCCACGUCCCGAUCAUCUUCCUGGUCGACGCCGCUCCUAUCCUCCCCUCCUUCCUCCAAUCCAAUCUAUCCCACACUCUCCGGCAAUUCUACAUCAAUACCUACCAUGACAAGUUCUUUGAAGAACCCCCAGCCCCCUGGUUCCACUUCUUCAUCCUAAUGGAACUAUUUUACCACGUCCCACUCAGUAUCUGGGCGAUUAGCGGCUUAAAAAGAGAUGACCCUCUUGUCCCCGUCCACCUCCUCAUUUUUGGUCUCCAGGCCUUCCUCACCUCCACCGUAUGUCUCGUCGAGGUGUGGGGUUGGGCUGAUCGCACCGUUGCCCAAAAGCAGAAUAUCAGCAUGCUAUACGGGCCAUAUGUUGCUCUUGGCGCGUUCAUGGCGUUGGAUAUGUUCUUCAGACUUCGGACCAAACUCUUGGCAAAAUCCAAGAGGGAGUAAGUACCCAUGUAAUGGUUCUCAUAAAUUUUCUUUCAGGGUAUGUAUGCAUACUGGGUUCGAUGCAGGGGGGAGGGAGGGAUGAUCAUAGACUGGAUGAAAAGAAUGGUAGGCUAGAUCUAAUCCCGGGUGCAUGAGUUGCAAGCUGGCUGUGUAGACGGAAAUCUUUCGCAGGCCAAUAGAGACCAAGUUCUAGGCCUGGGAUGUGCAUGGGCCUAGUCAUGCAAGGAUAUCAGCCUACCUUAUCGUGCUGUAGCGUCGGGGCUGAUGGCUUAAGGCAUACAUGCUCACCAG